ACAUGCAUGCAGCUAUCCCAACCCUGAUUCGGAGUUCCCCUCCCGGAAACGGGCAUAUAUAUGAAUGUCAUGAAGAUCUACAACUCAGUCAGCCAAGACUACACUCCCAUUCUUCCAUUCUAGUCUCCCGCUCUACUAUCUAGUAUUCAGCAUGAAGAUCCAACCCUGGCUCCUCGCCAGUCUCUCCACCGUGGCAGCCCGACCCUGGACCCGCGCAGCCAACACCACCGAUGCCACCUACUUCUUCACCUUCGGAGACUCCUACUCCCAAACCGGCUUCAGCACGAGCGGCACCCAACCCUCUGCUUCCAACCCCAUGGGCAACCCCGACCUAGGAACCGGAACCACAACCAACGGCCCCAACUGGAUCGGCUACCUCACCACAACCGAAAACACCUCCCUGGUCCUCUCCUACAACCUCGCCGUCGGCGGCGCCACCAUCGACAAUUCCCUCGUCUCCGCCUACGCCGGCGACGUCCGCUCCCAAGUGAAACUCUUCGAAGACGUCUACAGUACCAAACCUGCCUCCGCGCCGUGGACACCCCAGAAUGCCGUCUUUGGGGUCUGGAUUGGGAUUAAUGACAUCGGCAACGCAUUCUACAACACCGACGCCGAAACAUUCACCCCCAAACUCAUCAACCGACUCCUCUCCCUCGUGGAGGAGAUCUACGAGAACGGGGGUCGGAAGUUUCUCUUUUUGAAUGUUCCCCCGACCGAUCGGACCCCGUUUUUCAUCGAUCAGGGGAAUGAGACGACCGCGGCGGUGAAGAGCUAUCUAGCGGUAUAUAAUCGGAAUUUGAAGGAGAAGGUGGAGGAGUGGGGGGUAGAAAAGGGGGAUGUAACGACCGUCCUCUACGACAGCUGGUCGUUCAUGAGUAAAAUCCUGGAUGAUCCGACGGCGUAUGGGUUCCCGGAUGCGACGUGCAUUAAUGAUGAUGGGACGUCGUGUGUGUGGUGGAAUAAUUAUCACCCCGGGUUGAAGUAUCAUGCUUUGCAGGCGGAGGAUAUGAAGGGGUUUUUGGGCGGGUUGGGGGGGUGGUAA